AUGCCCGAUCGAACUAGUCACACGAUACAAGAAGCUCAUCACGAGUUUGAGGAGACCGUGCAAGAAUGGUUGGAUUCGAUGCAGCUCGAUUCACGGACAGAGGCUAUCGUCUCCGAGAUGCAGAGCUUGGCUGCCAUAUACCCAGACUCAUGCAAGAUGAUGAUACCACCAACAGAGACGAAAGCGAGAUGCAGUAUACCAGAACCGGGACGGCUCAUGAGAUACGAGCUUUUCCUGCCUUUAUUCGACCCUUCCGAGUGGGAUGCACUGCUCGCGACCCUGCCCGGCGAUCGAAGAACCGCUACGGAUUUGCCAAUCGUGCAGCUACUCGUGACAUUGAGUCCCGAAUACCCGGAAACUUCACCCCCUCAACUACAACUAGGCGGAAAGUAUAUAGGCAAUUAUACGAUAGAUAUUGCACUAUUCGGAGAGGUGACCAAGAUUUUCCUGAGCCAGCACGGACCUGCGUUUGUAGCUGGUGCACCAUGUGUGUUCGACGGUACAGAACACGUACUAUCAAGCACAAAGGAUUGGUAUACCCGCCAAGUCAUGGAGGACGCAAGUGGUGAGAAGGUACGGGAGAUGGAGCGGGAGGAAAGAGUCUCGGCUGCCACAUCCAUACGCAAAGACGAUGACCUAGGCGAAGCGAAACAACCCAGAACGAACGGCUCUGCAACAGCUCGAGCUACUUUACCGGCCAAUACGAUCAUAUACAGCUCCGAGCCUAUUACGGUUUCUCGCUCUGUUUUCAUCGGGCAUGCCGUAGCAAUUUCUGACCCAGCGGAAGUCUCGCCGGUCCUGGACUAUCUGCUGAAUGACAAGUCACGAAAGCUUGCGAAAGCAACCCACCCCUUGAUCUUCGCAUAUCGAGUCGUUCGGAAAGCCCAAGCCGGUCAUGAUGCGGUCGUCAUUGCCGACAAUGACGACGAUGGAGAAUCGGCUGCUGGCGGUCGUUUGGCUCAUCUGCUACAAAUUCUAGAGCUGGAAAAUGUUCUGGUGAUUGUCAGCCGUUGGUAUGGAGGGUAA